AUGAACCCUUCAUCAAUAAACCAGCUAGCUCUGGAAAACUUGCUUAAUAAUAACCUAGACCAUGCCAACCAGUCUAUGUUCGAGAAGGUUAUGCUCGCUGUCAAGAGCCAGCCUGAAGAUAAGCGGUAUGCGUUUCAGGUGGAUGUGAUGGAACAUCUAAUGAAGCUCCAAGACGAAAAUUCUGAUGCGGUAUCUCGCUGGUAUUCAUACGUGCUUGAAAGUGGGGUUUGGAAAAAUGAGCGAAACCAGCCUAGCUUUAAUGAGGAAUGGCAGCGGGCUCGAUAG